AGGUAAAUUUUCCAUGCAUUCUUCAACAGAGUUUGAUACAAAUAAAAAACCAUUGAUGUCUAACGCUGAAUUUCAAGCUUUUGUUAUAAGUUCACUAUCUAAACUUAAGUUUGAAAUCAGUAGUAUGAGUUCUACUAUUCAUGCAAAUUAUAUAUCCUCUGAAGCAUUUUAUAAAAAUGUUGGAAAUUCAACUUCUUUAAAUUUGUCAAAUAACAUUCAACAGUCUCUGGAUAUAAGUGAAAUAUUUCCCAUAAAUACAGAAGAUCAAUUAAAAAAAUUUGAUGACAAGUUAAAAUCAAACAAUGAUUUUAAAUUAAAUGUGAUGGCCAAAUUGUCUUUAUUUGUUGGCAUUAAAAAUGUUGGCGAUAGUGUACGUCGUUUGAUGUCUAGAAUGUUUUCUGAUGAAUUACUUCAAAAUUAUUCUCUACUGGGGUUUAAGAAGAAAAAUAGAUUUUCUAAUUUCUUGGUCUACCGUCUUGUUCUAGAUGUCAUUAGAGUUCAACCGAAAUUCAGCUCUACUCUUGACAAAGAAAUUGAUGUACCAAUAUCCACUUGGCUCUCUCAUGCAAAAUUCCGUAUUAAAGAUAAAAAUAUUUAAAAAUUUUAAGUAGUUCAAUAAGUGAUUGAUAUUUUAAAACUAUAUUAUUUUUAUUUUGAUAUGUAUAAAUUAACAAUUAGGUAAAAAGGUAACCUACA